AUGAGUUAAUUAAUUUCAAAAAUAUUUUUCUAAAACACUGUGUUAGUAUUAAGAAUACAGGGUUCAAUAAAUUCUUAAUUGUAAGAAAUAGAUUUAUAAAUAAUAGAGUAAGAUAAAUUUCUCAUCAGUUGGAAAAUUAGAAUAGAGGAAGUGUAAUAGCUUUAGGAUUAAUUAUAAAUUCAUAAGGGGGAUGUCCAUAUUAAGUAGAAGUGUUAAGUAAGAAAAUCAAAAACUAUUUAAAUGGAUUGCCUCUUUAUACAUUUGCAACUGAAUAUAGUUUAGGCAAUGCUUAUCAAUUGUUAUAAUUGGGAAAUAAAUCAUAUGCUUAAAAUACAUCUAAGAUUGGUUUUACAUAAAUGUACAAAAAUAAAUUAAAUUUUGCUGAGUUUCUUUAAAAUUAUGGAAUAAAUGUAAAGAUCUAAUUUAUUAAAUAUAGGCAUUGUAAUAUUAAUCAAGUUAAAUUGUGAAUCAUAAUUUUGUUAUAAACUCAUUAGUAAAAAGCAAUAGUUAAUAAGAAAUGGAUUAUUUAGAUCAAUAUUAUGGAUUUAAGACUAAAUAGUUAACAGAGGAAUGUUGGAAGAAUAGAAGAGAAUUUAUAAAAAUAAAUAAGGAACAAUUAGAGAAUAAUGUAUUUUUAGGUAAAGAAGCAAAAGAAAUUGGAUUAGUGGAUGAAUUAGGUACUUAUGAAUAAGUUUUGAUGUAACAGUAUCCAAAAGCUAAGAUUAUUCCAAUUAAUACUGAAGGCAAAUUAACAGAGUAUGAGAAUUGGUUUAAUUUAUUCAUUAAAAUAUCAUAAUCAAGUAUGUAUGGAUAAUUGAUUUAUUUAUAAAGGAGGUUUUUUAGGAUUAGUGUUAUUGUUUGGAAUUAAAGUUAUGGUGAAAUGGGGAUUGAUAAUUUAUGUAUGGAGAUAAUCUGUCAAAUAAAGGAAAUUAAAGAAGCUAUAAGAAUCAAAAUAAUGA